GGAGGUUUCUAAGUGAACGUGUCACGUUACGACGAAGAAAAAUCUAUACAACAAAGAUUUGGUUGUUUUAUUGUGAUUUGCUUUGUGAUAGGAUUGACAAUGAUUGGUUAAUCUGUUAACCAGGAGAGCCACUCACGAUACUUGACCGCCCGACAUGAUGGUAUCGACUGAUAACCUUUGACUUUUGUUGUAAACAACGUUGUUUUGAUUUUUCUACUUCCUUGCUGAAGAAGAAAAUUGCAUUUUUGACAACCGUGAGCGUCUAUUACCGCUUUCACACCACAAGAUGCCUCCCAAGUUUGCCAGAAUACCAGACAGUUCGGACCUCAGAUCAGCUCAUGACGUCGAACGGCAAGGACUCCUGGAUGGAGAUGAUUCUGAUGAAGACUUCUUCCUCAGGGGUCCCUCUGUGCGGACGAACAAUCUCAGAUCAGAUCCGAAAAUAUCUACGCUGCAGAACCAGGUGGAUGAUGUGGUGGACGUAAUGAAGAACAACGUCAGCAAGGUGCUGGACCGCGGAGAGCGUCUAGAUGACCUUCAGGAUAAGUCAGACAGUCUUGCCAGCAACUCCGACAUGUUCCGAUCCCGGGCCAAGGGUCUUCAGAGAUCCAUGUGGUGGAAGAACUGUCGGAUGAAGAUAAUCCUGGCCAUCGUGGUUGUGGUUGUGCUGGCUGUCAUCAUAAUUCCAAUAAUCAUCAAAUCUCAGCAAUAGCAACAUCAGCUUGCAGAACUGUGUUCAAGUUGGCCAUUGCUUCCUGGAUGAAGAGUACCCCCGGUACAUCAGGAUGCAGAGUACACCUUGAUGAGAAUACACCUGGAUAUCAGUACACCUGGAAGCACUGUGUACCUCUGGAUGUGAUGUUGUCAUAGGACGUGUGUAAUAUAAAUGGGCAGGGAGCAAGCAGAUUACAUGUGGGUUGAAAUCAGUUGAUAUUGAGGGUUAGAUAUAUGAGGUUAUCUUUCUAUGAUCUGUGGAAAUCACUCUGGCUGGAAGAGGUUCCUUCUAGAUGUAUCUCAUUGAAUAAUUAUAUUUUAAAUACUCUUUCAAAUUUGUAAAUAAAUUUGUUCAACAUGA